CUCUCUCUCUCUCUCUCUCUCUCUCUCUCUCUCUCUGUGUGCGUGCUCAGCAGAGAUCUCCUCUCUCUCACUCCUGCGGCGUAUUACAGCUUUGGUUUAAGUGGACACCGGCCCGCUCCUCGCCCACUGCCUCUGCAUGACUGUCACAAAGAUGUCAUGGCGUCCGACAUACCGAAGCUCCAAGUUUCGAAACGUCUACGGCAAAGUGGCCAACCGGGAGCACUGCUUUGACGGCAUUCCCAUCACCAAGAACGUCCAUGACAACCACUUCUGUGCCGUCAAUGCCAAGUUCCUGGCCAUCGUCACGGAGAGUGCCGGUGGAGGGUCCUUUAUCGUUAUCCCUGUCUCCCAGGCCGGCCGCAUCGACCCCCACCACCCCAAAGUGUGUGGCCACCAAGGCAAUGUCCUGGACAUCAAAUGGAAUCCCUUCUUUGAAAACAUCAUAGCUUCCUGCUCUGAAGAUUCCUCUGUACGAGUAUGGGAGAUCCCAGAGGGAGGGCUGAGGCGGAAUAUGACAGAGGCCAUGAUGGAGCUGUAUGGACACAGCAGGCGUGUGGGCCUCAUCGAGUGGCACCCCACCAGCAGUGGAAUCCUCUUCAGUGCUGGCUAUGACUAUAAGAUCCUGAUCUGGAACCUGGAGAUAGGUGAGCCGGUGAAGAUGAUCGACUGUCACUCUGACGUCAUCGUGUGUAUGUCCUUCAACACAGACGGCAGCCUGCUGGCCACCAGCUGUAAAGACAGGAAGCUGCGUGUCAUCGAGCCGCGCUCCGGGAGAGUCUUACAGCACGCCAGCUGUAAGAACCACAGGGUGAACAGAGUGGUGUUUCUGGGCAACAUGAAGAGGCUGCUGACGACAGGUGUGUCCCGGUGGAACACCAGACAGAUUGCACUGUGGGAUCAGGAGGACCUGUCUAUGCCCAUGGUAGAAGAGGAGAUAGACGGUCUCUCAGGGCUGCUGUUUCCUUUCUAUGAUGCAGACACACACAUGCUGUACCUGGCAGGAAAGGGCGAUGGCAACAUCCGUUACUAUGAGAUCACCACAGAGAAGCCCUACCUGCAGUAUCUCAUGGAGUUCCGCUCCCCUGCCCCACAGAAAGGUCUUGGUGUGAUGCCUAAGCAUGGGCUGGACGUCACGGCCUGUGAGGUGUUUCGCUUCUACAAGCUGGUGACGCUGAAGGGGCUGAUCGAGCCCAUCUCCAUGAUAGUACCAAGGAGGUCAGAGACGUACCAGGAGGACAUCUAUCCAAUGACGGCAGGGACCGAGCCUGCCCUCUCAGCCAAUGACUGGUUGAGUGGUAUCAACCGAGACCCAGUGUUAAUGUCCCUGAAGAAGGGCUACCAGAAGCCCAACCAGCUGGUGUUCAAGGCACCGGUGAAGGAAAAGAAAGGUGUGGUGGUCAACGGCAUUGACCUGCUGGAAAACGUGCCACCCAGGACAGAGAACGAGCUACUGAGGAUGUUCUUCAGGCAGCAGGAGGAGCUGAGAAAGCUGAAGGAGGAGCUGAACACCAAGGACGUUAAAAUACGCCAGCUGGAGCUGGAACUCAACAACCUGAGGAACGUCAGCCCCAUUGGAAACAAUGUCUGACCUCUGAUCUCUAGCUUAUGGCACCACCAUCACCACCAUGCCACGUCCAGCAUCCUCCCUCCCUUUCAUUGUGUAUCAUUUGUACUUCCUGUUGCAAUUGAUAAUGUAAUAGCCACCGGAUAAUGUAAAGACUGAUUAUAACGUUUGUGUAACAAUUUUUGUUAUCGAUAAUGUAAUCAUAUUGACAUCACUGUUAAAUCCCUCAAUUGAUAACAUAAUAACCAACUGGUAAUGUAAUUUAUUGUUAUAAGAUUUUUUUAAAUUCUGUUUGAUUGAUGUAUCCUGAUAUCCGGUUUGGUUUCAUUAUGAUUAGUUAUUACAUCAUCAGUCGCAAUACACCCCUCCCCCCUACUGCAGAGCACCAUCAGUGUAUCCCAGGGGUCCUCACACCCCACCUGCCAUGUCAUGCCCCUCUGAGUCCACGUGGCAAAGCCUUUGUCAUCACCCAGAAAUGCCACCCCCAAAUCCUCCAACCUCCACCCUGCCAUCACCAGAGACUACUCUGGGGAAAGAGAUUGACUUCCCCCUUCUACCCCAAUCCUCCCCCAUGGCCUAUCCACUGCAAACCAACUCACAGCAAAGCUGCAACAUCUCAACCUCCCAAUGGAAGAGUCUUCUACUAGUUCCAACUACUGUGGAUGAUGAGUUUUACAGGGACAUGAAUGAGGAUGAUGAGUUUUACAGGGACAUGAAUGAGGAUGAUGAGUUUUACAGGGACAUGAAUGAGGUGUAUUUCAAGACAGUUUUUUUUCUUCAUCUCUCCUAAGAAUGUGUUGUCUGUAAAAAGCUGCAGCUCUGGCUCAGACUGGCAUACAGCAACCCAAAUGUAGUCUUAAUGGGCAGUUUGUCUGUCGCCUCAGUCAUUAUCUUCAGAAGAAGUUUUGUUGGAAAAUGUAUUAUUGUUACUAUUUAUUUGUUAUAUUUGAUGUUUUUAGCUAACUCUUUAUGCAGAAACAUUCAUCUCAUGUCUUUGGGAGAAAUCGUGGUCAUGAAAAUGAUGGGUGACACACUUGUGAUUGAAAUAUGUUUUCACCCAAAUGGUGUCAAUUUGUAAGUAUACUCAAACAGAUCCUGUAUUUUCUAGAUUGAAUCGACACAAUACUCAAAUCUGGUCAAUUGGAAAAUUAGUCAACAUGAAAUUAGGUUAUGUACGUAACAGUACAUCAAACUGAAAUAUUAAUACAAUAUUUGUCUUUA